CUGUAGUGUAUCUACCGGAGACAGAGAAGGUGCGAAAGCAAUAUCCGCUAGUUUUCCCCAAGCUCGUUGAGAAUAUGCUUGAAAUGAGUGAGGGGAGUGGGGAGCAGGCUGCGAUGGUUGCACCUCAUGAGCCAUCCUCUGAUUCAGCUGAUGGGACUGGGGUGUCGCCUAACAAUAUAGCUAAGUGGCAUGACGAUGAUGCUGUUAAGCAGCUCAUACAUUUGAGGAAGAAGGAACUUCUUCCUAUGUUUGAGAGCACUACUAUGUCUAACACGAGAAAGUGGGAAAAGCUUGCCCAGAUUCUAGCUUCUAAAAAGCCUGGAGCCAAGUACUGGACUUUCACAUGGAAACAAUGUGAAAGUAAGUGGAAGGAUUUACAAAAAAAUUAUAACCGAGUAAAGGACAAUAUGGGUGCUAAAAGCACUGGUGAGACACCAGUGCGAUUCAGAUUUUUUGAAGAUAUGGAUGAGGUUGGUAAGAACAGCCCCACCGUUAAACCCCUGUCCACUGCAAGCAAUAUGGAUAUGUCGCCAAACAGUGACUCUUCUUCUUCGAAGAGCAUUGGUUCUAAUGAUGAACCACCUAAGAAGAAAACCAAGCUCGAAAAGAAAUAUGAGGAGCUUCAAGAAGCAGUUCAAACCAAAGAAGAAGAAAAGGAGGCUGCCAGAGAACGGCGCCACCAAGAAAUGAUGAGAGUGCAGUUAGAAUCAAUUGCAGCGUACAAAGAUAUAAUGGGUCGUCUACUUGAAAAAUUGUGAAGUACUUUUCCAUUCUGUCUAUUCCUUAUUUUUUACCUGUGCCAAAACAUUUGUUUGUGCCAAAAAUGUAUUUUG